UGGUUGAUACAACUCCACUCGACGUUUUCUUGAAGUUGUUUUGCUGGUUGUAAAUCGAAAAGUUUCCUUUGUUCUUGUUUCGGGAAUGAAUCGUUUUGGGUGAAGAUUAAAGGCCGUUCAACUAUUAAUUCCUUUAAAAAAUAAAACGAAUUUUUUACUGCGUAUUCCUAGUUUUUUGUUAAAAAGUUGUGGGUUUACUAUGUCUUCACAAACGUCUGUCAGAAGAGCAACUCACGCUGGUAGUUGGUAUGUUAGUUCUGCUAAAGACUUAAGUAACCAACUUGAAAAUUGGCUGAAUGUUGCAGGAGAGCCCAAUCAUUGCCCAGCUCGAGCUAUUAUAGCCCCGCAUGCAGGUUAUCAAUAUUGUGGUGCUUGUGCUGCUUAUGCAUAUAAACAAGUUGAUCCUACGAUUGUGAAACGUGUUUUCAUCUUGGGACCUUCUCACCAUGUUCGCUUAAGUGGCUGUGCCUUGUCUCCAGUUCGAACUUAUCGCACACCAUUUGGAGAUUUAUCCAUUGAUGAACAAAUUUAUGAAGAAUUAUACACCACUGGUCAUUUUGAAGAAAUGAGCCUCCUAACUGAUGAAGAUGAGCAUAGCAUUGAGAUGCAUCUUCCAUUUAUUGCUAAAGUGAUGGAAAAUCAGUCUUUCACCAUUGUGCCUGUUAUGGUUGGUUCCCUAACAACUGAAAGGGAAAGUGUCUAUGGCAAAAUUUUCAGCCGUUAUCUAGCUGAUCCUAGCAAUUUGUUUGUCAUAUCAUCUGAUUUUUGUCAUUGGGGUGCUCAGUUUCGUUAUCAAUACUAUGACAAAUCAUGGGGUCAAAUUUAUCAGUCUGUUCAAAAAUUGGAUGAAAUGGGAAUGAAUAUCAUUGAAGAAAUGUCUCCUACUGGCUUUACUUCAUACUUAAAAAAGUAUGGUAAUACAAUAUGUGGUCGUCAUCCAAUUGGCGUGCUCUUAAAUGCUGUAGCAUCGCUGCAACAACAAGGAAAUGGAAUCAAACCUUCCUUGAAAUUCCUCAAAUAUGCGCAAUCGAGCAAGUGCCUAAACAAUUACGAUUCUUCAGUGAGCUAUGCUGCAGCUUCUCUCGUUAUUGCUUGAUAGUAGCUGUCCAUUUAGGUUAGACUAAAUAAAAUUUGUACAAGAGCCAUUUUAUUUAAUAGCUGUUUUUGGCUAACUUUGCAAUACAAAAUCAAGAAUUUGGUACUACACAUGGGCAUAUUCAUCUUGAUCAACAGUUGUUUAAUUGCACUAAGAUUUAUUUUGACAUUUUUUAUACAAUUUUUUUCUAUCAGUGACAUCAUUAUAGUGAGACUAAUUGUCAAAUGAAUUGAAAUAACAUAAAUGCAGUUGUUUAAAAAUUAAUGGCAUAUUUGAAAGCUGCUAAUAUUUUUUUUUGGAUAUUCAACAAAUAAUUAUAUAAUUGAAUUUUUGAUAAUUUUUAAAUAUAAUCCUUUUUAGUAAUGGAAAUUUUGGCAUUUUCAUUUUUUUUUUGACAAAAUAAAAGAUUUAGCUAAUUUUGUGUAUUUUUUUAAAACCAACAUGUUUUUUAUAUAUAAUGCAUUUUCUUGUUAUUGUGUUACAAAUAACUAUUUAUAUUAUUUGGUAUAUAAAACUAAGAGUAAAUUUGUCUGUAAUUUAGAAAUUAUUUUUCAGUGUCACUGCUGGUUAGAUAUUUAAUUUGCCCAUUUUGUAGUACCAUGUACUUGAAUAUAUAAAAAAGAAAAACUAUGUGAUAUGUUUUGUAUACUUUUGGUACAGAUAAAGAAAACCUGCCUUUUGCACAGUAGGAAUCGUAUUGUGUUCUAAAUCUUCAAACCUGUUUAUUAAAUAGUGAACAUAUGAAUUUCUGCUGUACUUUUUAAGGCAGUUUAUCAUGUCUUAAUUAUAUUUAGUAUUCCAUUAAGUUUUCUUAUAAACUAUUCCAUUUUGUAACAUGAAGAAUUACAAACUAAAUUUGGUGUACUUAGCAAGAUUUUCUUGUAUUAUGGGAAAUAUACAAGCUUUGUAUCAAUAAAAUAUUUUAUUGCUGAAUAUG